AUGAAAUCCUGGGGCCUGCCUAAGGGAACGUCAAAAGAGCUGCUGCGGACUGGCGCUGAGGCUGCCUUUGUAGGAAAAGUUUGCACAAACUUCCAGGUAGGGACGGAAGGGAGAAAAGCAGCCAGCCAUGCAGAGACUUCUGAUCAAAGGCGGGAGAGUUGUGAAUGCCGACCACUCGCAAGUGGCUGAUGUGUACAUCGAGAAUGGGGUCGUGCAGGCAGUGGGGCCGGAGCUGAAACCAGGAUCGCCCGCUGGGCUCCAGGUGGUUGAUGCGACUGAUAAGCUUGUUCUGCCGGGAGGAAUCGACCCCCACACUCACUUUCAGUUCCCCUUCAUGGGAACCCACUCUAAAGACGACUUCUAUCAAGGAACAAAGGCUGCUCUAGCAGGAGGAACAACAAUGAUCAUUGACUUUGCAAUUCCUCAGAAAGGCUGUUCCCUCAAUGAAGCCUAUGAGCAAUGGAGAAGCUGGGCUGAUCCCAAAGUUUGCUGUGAUUAUGCAUUGCACGUGGGAGUCACUUGGUGGAGUGACAAGGUCAAAGAAGAAAUGAAAAUUCUUGCCCAGGAGAAAGGUGUCAAUUCCUUUAAGGCCUUUAUGGCAUACAAAGGUCUCUAUAUGAUUGGAGAUAUGGAGUUACAUGCGACCUUUUCUCAGUGCAAACAAAUUGGUGCCAUUGCACAAGUGCAUGCAGAGAACGGGGAUUUGAUUGCAGAGGGUGCAAAGAAGAUGUUAUCUCUGGGGAUAACUGGCCCAGAAGGGCAUGAAUUGUGUCGCCCAGAAGAAGUGGAAGCUGAAGCUACCCAGAGAGCAAUCACCAUCGCAAACUCUGUGGACUGCCCUCUUUAUGUAGUUCAUGUAAUGAGCAAAUCUUCAGCCAAGGUGAUUGCUGAUGCACGGAGAGAAGGGAAAGUUGUAUAUGGGGAGCCGAUAGCUGCUGGUCUUGCCAUAGAUGGCACUCACUACUGGCAUAAGGACUGGCCACAUGCAGCAGCCCACGUGAUGGGACCUCCGCUGAGGCCAGAUCCUUCCACUCCAGAUGUUCUCAUGAAUCUCCUAGCAAAUGGUGACCUAUCUGUAUCAGCGACAGAUAACUGUACCUUUGAUAUCUGCCAGAAAGCUUUGGGAAAGGAUGAUUUUACAAAGAUCCCGAAUGGGGUGAAUGGUGUGGAGGACAGGAUGUCAGUUAUAUGGGAAAAAGGCGUGCACAGUGGCAAAAUGGAUGAAAACAGAUUUGUGGCUAUUACCAGCACAAAUGCAGCCAAAAUUUUUAACUUGUACCCGAAGAAGGGGAGAAUUGCUGUUGCCUCUGAUGCAGACAUUGUCAUUUGGGACCCAAAGGCAACAAGGACCAUCUCAGCAAAGACACAUCACCAGGCUAUUGACUUCAAUAUAUUUGAAGGAAUGGUCUGCCAUGGAGUGCCACUUGUGACCAUUUCACGAGGCAAAGUGGUUUAUGACAGAGGAGUCUUCCAUGUGGCAGCAGGACAGGGAAGAUACAUUCCUCGCGAACCGUUCCCUGAAUACGUCUACAAGAGGAUAAGACAGCGAGAUCAGGUCUGUCAGCCUGUCCCUGUCCAGAGGGCCCCAUAUGCAGGGAAAGUUAUUUCAUUCAUUUCAACACAAAAAUAAAUCCCACACAGCAGCUCAGUUUCUGCAGGUCUAAAACAGAUGAAAAUUAUUGUUUGCUCUACUUAAAUAAUCUGUUCUACAGCCAUAUCAGCCUGCUGUUUUUAUAUCCAUUCUUGAAGCAUCUUGAAAGAUUUAUCCUUUAAAAAAACAACUAUUGGCUUAUCUUAAUGAAUUAAUAACAUUUUCUCUACUUUCUGCUUCCCUGAUGAGUGUGCCUUGUAGAAACCUAAUAAAAGGGAUUCACGGUUAGCUAGGGAUGAUCCCAGGUGUGGAGAACACUGUGUAAACAUUGGAAUCACCCUUGAUAUCUGUUCUGACUUAUAUGAAGAUUCAGGGACCCAUAUCUAUAUUGGAUGUUAAUGUAUUGACACAAUCCUCUUGAUCAAGGCAUGAAAAUGAAACAAGCUAUUGGACCAGUAACCUGUGAAAGAGUUACCCUAUAUGUACUGUCCAGAUUUAAUUAAAGCAUUUAUAGGACUGCA